GAACUCAAGCGGAUUAAGGCGAUAACUCUCAGGGAUGCGCUAGGGCCUUCUUCCCAGGAGAAUGUUCCCACCCACCAGUUUUGGGUCGUCUUCCUGGCCUAUGGAAGUGGGAGAAGAGCAGGGUUGUUCAGCACUGUGAUUCAGUUAAGGAUCUUGGCCCUUCAAGAUAGCUCAUGAAAGGAACUUUUGCAUGUCUUCUGCGAGUCCAGGGAACUCUCACAUUUGAGAUCAUGGGUUCUGCGGGCACAGACUGUGUGUGCCAUCACCAUUUCUGAAGGUACAGAGAGAAGUAAAAACAGACACAGACAAAGGAAGCCUGAAGUCUAGGAAGGCAACGCACAGAAGCAUAGGUGUAGAAAUGAGGGGAAGAUUGAGGGAAGAUUCAAACAGGAAGGCUUGUGAACUAACUUCCAUCGCCCAGGGAUAGCCGGAAAGCCUGCAGCUGAUCUUGGAGCUUCCAAGUGCGAGAAGAUGGUCCCUGAAUGUAAAGCUUUGGGAGGAGGUAGGCAAGAGAGGGGCAAGUGAACACAGAAAGGGGAGAAGUGAACCCUGGGAAGUCUGGCCCAGGGAGGCUCCUACUGGGGUGGAGAGGUGCUCCCUCCUGUCAAACUUCCCACUCCUGGUACCCGGAAAAUAUUUGUGGAGUUGAAAUGGAUCAAGAUAGCAGAUGAAGGGACAUUCAGGGAACAGGCCUGGGUGACACGCCCAGGACCCUAGGCUGAUCAGGGGAAAAGACCCGCCCUCUGUAGAGGGAGGAACAGAGGGAAAGGGCUGGGUCUGGAGAGAGGGAGGAGUCCGGGACUAGAGCACCGCAGGCCUUUUGCACCAAAGCUCCAGUUAUCCCGAGGCCAAACUUCCAGCUGCAGCGACAUUCUAGUUGACUGCUGGCCCAGCGCUUGCCCACCUCCCGAGCGGUUGCCUAAGCUAGUUGCUCGCCUAGUUGAGCUUUGGUCGGACCCAUCCUGUUGCUCACGUUCUAGAAGUGCACAUUUGAGGGGUGGGGUGGGGAGGGGGAACGGGCAUCAAGCUCCAGUUUGCAAAGCGAGCUCCUGCCUCCCCAUGCACCUGCCGGGCUGCGCGCCAGCCAUGGCCGACGGGAGCUUCUCGCUCGCUGGCCACCUGCUCCGCAGCCCGGGCGGAAGCACGUCGCGUUUGCACAGCAUUGAAGCCAUCCUGGGCUUUACCAAGGAAGACGGGAUCUUAGACACCUUUCCUGCAGAGAGGAGCUCCAGGGGCUCGAAGGAACGCGAUCCCAGGCUAGGAGCCCGGCCAGCCUGCCCCAAGGCGCCAGCCGGAGGCUCGGAGUCUUCGCCACCAGCAGCCCCGGGGCUCGUCCCUGAGUACGAAGCUACUCGCCCCUGCUACCCCAAGGAGCAAGGAGAGGCACGGCCGAGCCCAGGACUCCAGGUUGGGCCAGCAGCAGGCGAUUCGAAGCUGUCGGAGGAGGAACCUCCCAAGAAGAAGCACAGACGCAACCGCACGACAUUCACAACGUAUCAACUGCACGAAUUGGAGCGCGCCUUCGAGAAGUCCCACUACCCCGACGUGUACAGCCGCGAAGAGCUGGCCGGCAAGGUUAACCUACCCGAGGUUCGGGUCCAGGUGUGGUUCCAGAACCGACGGGCAAAGUGGAGGCGUCAGGAGAAACUGGAAGUGUCGUCCAUGAAGCUGCAGGACUCGCCCCUCCUCUCCUUCAGCCGCUCCCCGCCUUCCACGGCACUGGCUCCGCUGGGGACCGGCCCGGGCAGCGGUAGCGGACCUCCGGGGAGCGCCCUGCCGCUGGAGCCGUGGCUCGGGCCACCGUUGCCCGGCGGAGGCGCCACUGCGCUGCAGAGCCUGCCAGGUUUCGGGCCACCAGGGCAGGGUCUCCCGGCCAGCUACACGCCGCCACCGCCCUUCCUGAACUCCGCGCCCUUGGGUCCAGGUCUACAGCAGCUCGGGCCACCGCCGGCGUACCCGUGCGCGCCUGCAUUCGGGGACAAGUUCUCGCUGGAAGAGGCGUACCCACGCAACAGCAGCAUCGCCGCGCUGCGCCUGAAGGCCAAAGAGCACAUCCAGGCCAUCGGGAAGCCCUGGCAAGCCCUCUAGAGGCGCUGCGGAGUUGCUGCGAGCCCUGCGUGCACCCAGCUUGGUUGGCUGCACUUUCUUUGCUAGCCCUGUUGCCACCCGGCGGCCAGCCUUGGGCUGAACACUGGCGCCUACUCCCGAUUCUUCGAGAAAAGGCCGAACUUGAGGCCAGCGGAACUUCAGCCUGGCCGUCAGAGGGAUGAGCUGCGGGUCCCGCUGGCCACACCGCUCCUAGCUGCUCCCAUAAGCAUCGCGGCGUCUACCAUCCGGAGGGACCAAGAAUCUUGACCUGGGAUGUUCCCGACGGAAAGAAUGGGGAGUGAGAAAAAUAGAGUUGAAGAAACUGUUUGUAAAGUUAGUUUAAAGUAUUUUGGAGGAAAAUUAAAGAUUUGUUUGUUGCCCGGCUAA